UUAUCUUCCAAUGUCUAUUUAAUAUCCUCUAUUAUCAACCAAUGUCUAUUUAAUAUCCUCUAUUAUCAACCAAUUUUAUCUUCCAAUGUCUAUUUAAUAUCCUCUAUUAUCAACCAAUGUCUAUUUAAUAUCCUCUAUUAUCUUCCAAUGUCUAUUUAA